UGUAAUGGUGUAAUUACAGUGUAUCCGUGUGGGCAUUGGACCUUGACGCUAUGAACGUGCGCAGCGCUAUGUGCUGGCGAUAUUGCUACAUGCCGGCUCUCAGAGCCCUCUCAGGCCGGAGAAACCACCAGUUUCAAGUCCAGAGAGGAUUGCAUAGUAAUAUUAUUGAGGCUCUGAAAGCAGCAACAGGAACUGAAAACAUUUCCACGGCAACUGUUGUCCGGGAGCAGCAUAGAAAAGAUGAAUCAUAUCAUAGUUGCAAACCUCCAGAUGCAGUUGUGUGGCCACAGAAUGUGGAGCAGGUCAGCAGAAUGGCUCGAAUCUGUUUUGAAAACGAUGUCCCCAUCAUCCCUUUCGGUACAAGCACAGGGCUGGAAGGAGGCGUCCUCGCAUUGAAGGGAGGCGUGUGCUUCAACCUCACAAAAAUGGAUGAAAUUGUGGAGCUCAAUACAGAAGACUUUGAUGUGACAGUUGAACCGGGAGUCACCAGAAAAGGCCUCAAUAACUACCUUCGGGACAGUGGCCUGUGGUUUCCAGUUGUUGUGCUCAUGUGGAAUGGCUGCCCUGUCACACUUGUCUCUGGUUGCCUCACAGAGGAAAUAGUGAAGGCGAACAGUGGCUCCGAUUUCGCUUGGGCAAAAGAUCAAGAAACGCGGAACAAGCUCUGGCAGGCGCGGCACAGUGCGUGGUAUGCCGCUCGAGCCAUGCACCCGGGCUGUGAGGGUUAUUCCACAGAUGUCUGCGUCCCACUCUCAAAGCUACCGGAAAUCAUCGUGACCACGAAAGAAGAUUUGGUGAGGUCAAAGCUUACAGGACCGAUUGUAGGCCAUGUAGGAGAUGGUAACUUCCACUGUUUGAUGAUAAUGGACCCCCAGAAUGAGGAUGAAAUGAUGAGGAUAAAAGAGUUCACCUAUAGAUUGGCCAGAAGAGCAUUGGCCAUGCAUGGUACCUGUACUGGGGAGCACGGUAUAGGCUUGGGAAAGAGGCAGCUCCUGGCUGAAGAAAUUGGCGCUGUCGGUAUGAAAGUAAUGAGGGAAAUUAAAGCUGCACUUGAUCCAAAAAACAUCAUGAAUCCUGGCAAAGUGGUGUAAAAGAGGUGGUGCCCUUUCCCCAUCCAAAUAUUUCCACCUCCCUACAAUCAGCAAGUUUCAGUGUCAUUGGGAUCAAUGCACAGACGAUGAAAUUCCCCUUAAGGCGGCAAUGCAUGGGAAAGUUUUACAGUUGUUAGCCUUCAAGCACAAGUACAGGAUGCUCGAGUCUAAAAAAAAAUUUAAAUGCUUUACAGCAGAAGUUAUUCUGGUUAGCACUUGAGUAAUUCCUCAAUUGAUAUAUUACAAAUUAUUUGAUUUCUUAGAAAUUGAAGGCUUUGGAUACAAAAAUAAACUUGAAUCAAAAUGUAGCAAGGAGGAUUUCGAAAAGAAUACAGACCUGGCCAGGCUUUAAUGAACAUUUUGCAAACUGCAAGGAAUCAGCAACACUUUAAUCCUCAAAUGUUACUGUUUAAUUCUUUUAGUUUAAAACUGCCUUCAAAGAGGAAGUUUAUUUUUAAUCUGUCAUAUAAUGAUAAUAUUGUUCGGAGUAUUUGUGAAUAAUAAAAA